AUGGCCUUCUACGGGGUCCAGAUCGCCAUCGAAAACAUCCACUCUGAGAUGUACAACCUCCUUCUCGAGACCUACAUCAAGGACUCCGACGAGAACAACCGCCUCUUCCGUGCCAUCGAGAUGGUGCCUUGUGUGGCCAAGAAGGCCCAGUGGGCCUUGAAGUGGAUCGACGGUGGGGAAUCGUUCGCCGAGUGGUUGAUUGUGUUUGCCUGCGUUGAAGGGAUCUUCUUCUCCGGGAGCUUCUGCGCGAUAUUUUGGCUAAAGAAGCGUGGAUUGAUGUAUGGAUUGACGUUCUCCAACGAGCUGAUCUCGCGAGAUGAAGGACUUCAUUGUGAUUUUGCCUGA